AUGACACUGUCGAAUCAGAAUGCAGACCUUCUACUUAGACGACUUUUGCUGUUAAAGGAGCCAUCGUCGUUCUACGUGGUGUUUGACUCCGUGUCUCAAGGAGGUCAUCCGUUGCUUGACGAGUUGGUGUUACUGUGUGGAAAAGCUCAUCUCACAUACUUAUCAUUUGAGACCAUCAAUAGACCCAAAUAUGCCACGGAGUUUAUACCCUGUUUGGGUCAAACUCCCCAGCAGAUUGUCCAGAAUGUUAGGAAGCAACAGACUGGCGCUAUCAAACUGUUGAUAGUGGUGGACUCUUUAAACUACAUUUUUAACUCACAAUUACCAGAGUUCAUCAAAGGACUAAUGCACCCUUCAACAGUGCUAGUGGGAAUAUUCCAUACGGAUGUCCUAGAUUCCUUGGACCCGAAUCACAAAUCGUAUCCCUCCAGCCACCAGUUGUUGCAAUUCAUGGGCACUACGCUCUUCACUGUAGAGCCACUCAUUAGUGAUGAUCGUGAAGAGACCAUAGCCAAUGAAACAGCCCAUAUGUUUAUUUCCAGUGCUCCAGAAUUGAACAGCUCCAAGUUUAGAUUGUCCGUGGCCAAUAGAAGGAAGUCUGGGCGUGCCGUCUCCUACGACUUUAUCAUGGACACUAAACUUCAUAGUGCAGAGUUGGUGAAGGAAGCUCAAGCUCCAGUGGAAGAAGAUGAGAGCUUACUUAAGGACUUGACUACCUUCAACUUGACUACCAGUUCUAAAGAGAAACUUGCAAGAGAACAAGUGGAACUCCCUUUCAUGGAAGCACAAGAUUCCUUAGGGUCAAUGGGAGGUGCCAUAGUGUACGAAUUUGAAAAGGAUGAUGAUUACGAUGAAGAAGAUCCAUACGAAGAUCCAUUUUAA